AUGACCGAGUCCUUAUUCGAUACGAAGUUCACUUCUGAAGCUAAUGUUGGUGGCAAUUCCAACGACAUCGAAUCAUCAUUAAACGUUCCUUCUACUUCCUCAAGCAAUAUCGGCGAGAACGCUAGUCCUCAUGAAUCAUCAUCAAUUCAGGCUGGGGUCAUCGAGUCAGACGCUGUCUCUCCUGCUCAAUCUGAACUUUCUGAACAAUCGACAAGUUUACCUUCCUUACAUGACAAAACCAACGCGUCCGCCUUAAUAAACUAUAGAGUCUUGGUGUCUGCCAAAGAGUCUGGUUGUCUUAUUGGCCAAAACGGUCGGGUCAUCGACUCCAUCAGAGCAGAAACCAACACCAAAGCAGGCAUUUCCAGAUUACAACCUGGUUCUCAUGAGAGAAUUUUGACAGUCAGUGGCACUUUAGACGAAUGUGCUAAAGCACUCAGUUACUUUGCUCAAGCUUUAUGCGAGUCAGCGAUUGAAACAUACAACUUCUUCCCGCUUAAACAAUUAUCAGCCAAUCCAUGUAUCGAAAAUGAAACUACCAUACUCAGAUUAUUAAUACCAAACAGUCAAAUGGGUACUUUAAUUGGGUCAAAAGGUUUAAGAAUCCAGCAAAUUCAAACUCAAUAUAAUAUUUCAAUGAUCGCCUCCAAAUCUUUCCUUCCAGGUUCGAACGAAAGAUUAGUUGAAUUACAAGGAUCAGUUGACGAUUUGUAUGAUGCCAUAAGAAUAAUCUCCAGAUGCCUUAUUGAGGACUUUUCAAGUAUAGUAGGAACAAAUUAUUAUAUUCCAAGGGGCCAUGGCUUCAAUAAUGGAAUUGGAGCUGGUGCACCUAUUCCUAAAACUGCUGCUGCACCAUUCAGAAAGAAUCAAAAUAUUACAACUACUUCACUCAGUUUCCCUAACGAAAUUGUCGGUGCUUUAAUUGGUAAGAAUGGAUCCAGAAUCCAAGGCGUGAGAAAAGUUAGUGGUGCAACAAUCGGAAUUUCUGAAGAAGUUGAAGGAAAAGAUGAAAGAAUUUUCACGAUCUCUGGCUCAACACAUGCCGUGGAAAAGGCUAAGGACUUGUUAUAUCACAACUUAGAGAGGGAAGAGCAAAGAAGAGCUGAAGCUGAGAAUAACUAG